UAUCUCUUCCGCCAACGCCAUCGUCAUGAGCGCCAGCAGCAGCAACAACACGAGCGCGCUCUGGCUCGCCCACGAGCACGCCGCCACCGAGGCCAUGGCACUGCGCAGCGCGCUCGUCGUCUUCGGCGUCCUCGCGACCCUCUUCGUCUUUGUCGCGGUCCAGCGACGACGCCUCGACGCCACCGACGCGCUCAAGUACGCCAACGCGGUGCGCAAGGCGCAGUUUGAGCGCGUCUCGCACGUGAUGAAGAAGCACCGCCAACCGUCGCCCGACGUCGAGGUCGAGCUCGCGCCGCUCAUGGACGAGUACGCACUGGUGCACGACGAUGCGCUCGAGUAGCGUCAAUAUAUAUCAAAUGCACUUCUUGCAGGUA